AUGGAUAAAUUUGCUAGUUGGUAUACAGCAGACCCAGCCGACCCGUGCCUCGAGCCGGCCCGCGAAGCUUACACGCUCGCAGUCGAACGCUUCAGCACCGGACUCACUGCAGAUCCAAGCAAAAGAGAAGCCGCCCGCAAGACAUGCAGCCCGGACGCGUUGAAAACUACGGUAGAAGAUGCCGCCCUCCGGUACGAAGCCUCGCACAGGAACAAGUCAGCCCACAAAUGGACUUUGAAGCUAUCGAAACGGAUAGUGCACUACCAAAACGUCAUGGACGUCAUAGUCCAGCACCACCCCGAAUACGUGUCACUCGCUUGGGGCGCCAUGAAGUUCUUGUUUGUGGCUGUUGUCAAUCACGAAAACUUGCUGUCCUCCUUAGCCAAGGGACUCGCGCUUGUCGGCGAAGCUCUUCCACGCGUCGAGCUGGCCGCCGUACUUUACCCGACGACGCGGAUGAAGCAGGCGCUGGCCGAGCUGUACGCGCACAUCAUCCGCUUCCUCAUCCGAGCACGGGAUUGGUUCGAGGAACGGAAACCUCUGCGUAUCCUUCACUCGGUCACCAGGCCCGCUGAACUCCGUUACGAUGACUUGAUUGACGAAAUUGAUUCCUGUUCCCGAAAUGUCGUCAGCCUGGCUGUUUCGGCUGCUCAGGCCGAGCAGAGGGACAUGCAUACCAAAUUGCAAGUCAUGCUGCGGCGGCAGGAGCAUCAUGGCGAAGUGCUGAUGGAAGUCCGCCAGUUGGUCUCAAAACGCCAGAGUAUGAAUCUCAACGCUUCUGGCUAUGUGAACACGAAUCCAAUCCUCUCCGAUCAGCAAUUUGACCUGGCGAUGACAAAUCUCUCAACCGGACAACACUCAGACCCCGAGCAGCGCCUGGGUGCAUGCACGUUCCUGCGGAACAGAAGACGCUUGAACCUCGCCACCACGGUAGACCCGUUCUGGCUAACACCCAAAAUGAAAGAGUGGGGGUUAGCGCAGACAUCAUCACUGAUACUUGUCCAAGGUUCCUUCCAGAAUCGUGCCGCCAUCCAAGACUUCUGUGUUGAUGUGAUCGAGGUGCUUCGGAAAGCAGCCAUUCCUGUCGUCUGGGCGCUGAAUCCGCAGGUGGGGGCGUCAGCGGAUGCAUUUACCAUGGCCGAGCUCUUGAAGCAUCUCACUUAUCAGGUCUUGAAGAUAAACUCUGCAGCUCGGAAGGAGUCGGCUCUGGCCUGCUGUUUCGCAAAUGUCCGAGACGGACAGGGAGAGCAGCAGUGGUUCGAUGUUUUCUGUGCAUCGCUGGGUGGUCUCCGCCAACUCCACAUUGUAAUUGACAUCGAGCUCCUCGGCAGCAUCUCGAGAUCUGCAACAGACUUUUCUUUAUCUUCCGCAUUCCUCACACUUUUCCAGAAGUUAAAGGAGCGCAACCUCAGAACGAUAGUUAAGGUUGUGCUGGUGACCGGCUUUCACAGUCAAUAA